ACAACCGCACCCAGAUCAUGCGAAAGAUUUGACGCAGGGCCUCAUUAUCCCCUCUCUGACCCUACCUGCUGCUCUCCGCAGGCCAACUCCUUAUGGGAAGACGUUGGGCGAUGUGAGGCUCUUAGUGUGGGGACAUGGCGCGGAAGGCGAAGGCUCGUUGAGCGGUAUGCUUCUUGAAGAUAACGAGGAUAUCGUGGAAGUCGGUGCUUGGGAGGAGACGAAGGAGGGCGCUGUCCUUCGAGCGUCGACUGACUGGAUCGAGCAUCGCGAUGCUCAUGGGCUAGAGAAGUUUGAACCUGCCCGGAAUGUGGAAAUAAUGAAAUUACCUGAACAUGCUCAUGACGAUAACGCUCUAACGAUUUCGCAAUCUGUACUCUCGAUCAUCCAGUCGCCAUUCCACGUUGUAUCAGAUAUCAUCGAUCCUCAAUGUCCGCCAUCGGCAGUGUUAACCAACCUCCUUGCUUCGCCUUAUAGUCCCCUGUAUACUGCUCUAAUCUUUAUAACUACUUCAGUGCCAUCACCCGCGGAGUACAAGUUACUCGACGCUCUCGCCCUUCACAUACCUAUGAUCGUACUUCCAGAACUGUCCGAUAAUGAUCAUCAUUCUGGUCGACUACAUUUAUCGAGUUUCUGUCCGCGUUCUGGUGUAGCCUUGCGCUCUGGACUUUUCCGCUCGCCAGAAACGAUAUCGAUGCUCCGCUUUGAAGCUGCCGAGAGAUUUCUCAGGUGGAGAGAGGUCGAGCGCGAGGUUAAGAACAUCGCUCAGUCCCGCAAAGACGUGUUUGGUCCCGCUGUCAAACCAAAGAGCGAGGAACCUGUGUGGGAUAAAGCAGAGUGGGAAGCCCAAUGGGAUCACACUCUUUCGAAGGACGUGACGAGGCGGCUGCGAGAGGACACGAUCACGGCUCGUCCUGUUAUCUCCAUGCCUUGCAUGAGUUCACUACACUUUCCGUCCUUGUUUUUGUUCUCCCUUUCGCUGCUAGAGCCUGCUCGCGAUCGCUUGGGAAGAUCAGUCUCGACUUUCGUUGGCAAAGUUGCCAACUGUCACCUUGGCUUGGCUAUGGUGGGAAGCUUAUGUGUAGGUAUAGGGAUCGGGUUCUUAUUGAAAUGAUCUUGGAGGUUUUCUUCUUCUGCCCAGUCUUGCUAAAUGGGCAAGGAACAGUUGCUUUCAGGGAGUUGUGUGUGUGUAUGGAAACGAAACUAGUCGCAUAUUGGUAAAAAAAAGUUCAUCACCUGUGCACGCUCAUUAUCUACAGUGUUUGUCGCUUUUAACAAGUUGUAUCCCAUAGUUGUAUCCAUCUUUCAUCCAGAGUAUAGCACAGAAUUAUAUUUUGUCUGUUCCCAAACGUU